AGCUGCGACUGCCUGCAGGGCUUCCAGCUGACGCACUCGCUGGGCGGCGGCACCGGCUCGGGCAUGGGCACGCUGCUGAUCAGCAAGAUCCGCGAGGAGUACCCCGACCGCAUCAUGAACACCUUCAGCGUGGUGCCGUCGCCCAAGGUGUCGGACACGGUGGUGGAGCCCUACAACGCCACGCUGUCGGUGCACCAGCUGGUGGAGAACACGGACGAGACGUACUGCAUCGACAACGAGGCGCUCUACGACAUCUGCUUCCGCACCCUCAAGCUGACCACGCCCACCUACGGCGACCUCAACCACCUGGUGUCGGCCACCAUGAGCGGCGUCACCACCUGCCUGCGCUUCCCCGGGCAGCUCAACGCCGACCUGAGGAAGCUGGCCGUCAACAUGGUGCCCUUCCCGCGGCUGCACUUCUUCAUGCCCGGCUUCGCCCCGCUGACGGCGCGUGGCAGCCAGCAGUACCGCGCCCUCACCGUGCCCGAGCUCACCCAGCAGAUGUUCGAUGCCAAGAACAUGAUGGCCGCCUGUGACCCCCGCCAUGGCCGCUACCUCACCGUGGCCACCGUCUUCCGUGGCCGCAUGUCCAUGAAGGAGGUGGAUGAACAGAUGUUGGCCAUCCAGAGCAAGAACAGCUCCUACUUUGUGGAGUGGAUCCCCAACAAUGUCAAGGUGGCCGUGUGUGACAUCCCGCCACGGGGGCUGAAGAUGUCCUCCACCUUCAUCGGGAACAGCACGGCCAUCCAGGAGCUCUUCAAGCGCAUCUCGGAGCAGUUCACAGCCAUGUUCCGCCGCAAAGCCUUCCUGCACUGGUACACGGGCGAGGGGAUGGACGAGAUGGAGUUCACCGAGGCCGAGAGCAACAUGAAUGACCUGGUGUCCGAGUACCAGCAGUACCAGGACGCCACGGCCGAGGAGGAGGGUGAGAUGUACGAGGACGACGAGGAGGAGUCGGAGGCGCAGGGCGCCAAGUGACGCCCGCCGCCCCCAACACUGCCCGCAGCCCCCCGGCUUCGCGCUGCUGCAGCCCCCAGGUGCUGCUCCCCCCGCC